CGCUGUGCAUUUCGUGCGUGCGUUCGCUGGCGAUUCGCGAUAAUGUUGACCUAGAUAAAUGUCAAGCGCAGACAACGCGUGUGUUCAUUCGCACAUCGCAUCUCUGGUCAACACAACGUGAUAAACGUGUUCAAACCUCCAACACUGUCGUGCACAUGUACAUAUGUGUACAUUCCUGCGAUUAGCUGCUUAAUCAUCACCCACCACACGCGUAAUUGUUUUGUUUUGUUUGUUUGUGCUGUGCGAGAGUAACGCCCCCACGUGGUCAAGCUGGAGCCGGAAACGGCGACAUCCCGGGAGGCGGGGCAACCGCGCCGCAAGAAGAUGGCCGUCCUGCCGCCGGACCCGCUCUUCCGCUUCAAAUCCGAUUAUGGACAUUUACACACGCUGUGUUUUAUGGAACCUGAGUGUGAUGCUGAAGAUAAAGAUGAGAUUGAUAGUAAACUACAGAAGUUAUCUGUGAUUGACGGUGCGGUGGCAGAGCAACCUAAAAAGACGUUGUUAUUAGCAGCAGGAGAGAAUGGAAUGGUGUAUUUUUUUGAUCUAGAGAGUAACAGACUGAUUUAUAAACAAGGAAUGGGUGUUUCCAUCCAGGCUGUGCACACUUAUCAAGAGGCAGUGAUAAUCCAGGAAAAACAAGGCCUAGUCUCAAUCUUCAAACGCUCAAGUGACUUAACCUACGAGAAGACAACAACGCUGCCAUGCGCUUCCGGUUUCUGCAAAACCCUUCGCUCUAAUCACAAACUUAUCAUACCGCAGGAAAACGCCGCCGUUGACAUAUACGACCUCAAAACUCACUCACAACUUCAACGUUUACAAAUCCAAUCAUCGCAUGGAUGUAAAGACAUCCCGACAUGUCUGCACGACGCAAUAAACCCUCAACAAUUAGGACAAUUAAUGUGUUUGGAGGUAGGCAUGCUUUUCACACGCACAUCACAACUGCACCAAGACUACGAAGAGUUAAUAUUCGCCGGGUUUGAAACCGGCGAUGUAUUUCUCUGGAAUCUCACCUCGGGUGUUCUCGUCGCACACGCGAAAUUCAACGAAUGUAUCAUUUCAAUCACCUAUGAUUCCAUUGCGGGUAAAGGUGUGGUAGGUGGCGCUGGUGGAGUAUUGCAAGUCUUCGGCGUGGAGAGAAGCACGAUGACUAUGAAACCGCUGUGUGAAUUGACGCUGACCAAUGAGGGUUGUCAGGUGGUACGCGUGCGUAAAGACAGGAAGAUAUUGGUGUGUGGUGGAUUCGACGGACGCACACGAAUCUACUCGUGGAAGACUCUGAGGUUACUCGCUGCGCUCACUGAGAACCACGCAUGCGUGACGGAUAUUCAGUUCUCUGAACAAGUGGUGCCGCAAUGGGGGAGUCAAAUCAUGGCGGUGAGUGGCGCGGAUGGUAUUAUCACCAUUUGGAAUUUGUAUAAGUAACAAAUUGACGAAUUUUUAAAUAAAUUGACUGCCGAAUUAA